AUGAAAUUGGUAGUAAGAAUUGUGGACAAGAAUAGAGCUCAAGAAGAUUAUUCAAAACCUUGGCCGAUGAAAUUGACUGUCAACAAGAGGAACUACUUCUCCACUCCGAGUGCUGAAACAUUUAGUAAUAUCAUAUCUGCCAUAGUUCAAUUUUUGAAACAAUCUAAUGAACCGAUUCCGGAAUUGGAAAAUUCAGUCUGGCUUAGAGAUUCUGGUUUUCUUGUGGACAUUACAGAAAACUUAAAUGAACUUAAUCUGCAGCUUCAGGAGCGAGACAAAGAACUAGCAGAAAUGAUUUCUGACAUAAAAGCGUUUAUCAAGGAGCUUGAAACUUGGGAACAAAACUUAAUCGAUGGCGAUAUCAGGCAUUUUCCUGUUCUUUCAAGAAAGAUAUCUCAAAGUCCAUUAGAACCAUAUGACAGUAAAUAUCAUGUAGAUAUAGUCUCUUGCUUGAAGGAUAACUUCAAACAUCGUUCCAAGGAUUUCAAAGAAAUUGCUAUAAUAUCGCAAUUCGUUGUUUCACUCUUCAUGGAAAUUGACAUCCAACAGUUUGCAACUUCUGUUACGCAGAAUCUUAGCGAAGACAUCGCUGCGACAAAAAUGGAAGUGAUUGCGUUUAGCUUUUAA